AUGAGAGCAACGCCUGACAAACGAGACAUAUACUUCCGUGCGGCCAAAGAAGAGGGCUAUCUCGCUAGGAGUGCAUACAAGUUGAUGCAACUAGAUGAAGAAUUUGACUUGUUCAACGAUCAAGUUUCCAAAUGCGUUGACCUCUGUGCAGCACCGGGAUCCUGGUCUCAAGUAGCCGUGCAAAAGCUCCGUGAACGUGAAAAGUCAAAAAUUGUGGCAAUUGACCUACAACCCAUGAAGCCACUUGCGGGGGUUCAUAUUCUCAGAGGAGACAUCACAAAGCAAUCAACUGUGGACAGAGUGAUACAUGCUAUGGGUGAUGUGUUGGCUGACCUGGUUAUAUGUGAUGGCGCACCUGAUGUCACGGGAAUGUCAGAUAUGGACAUGUACAUACAGGCUGACCUCAUCUCGGCAGCCGUGACGAUUAUGAUGAAGAUACUAAGAAGGGAAGGUACUUUCGUAGCCAAGGUCUUUUGCAAAGGCUCCAUUCCUUUGCUUCAAUGCCAAAUGGAGGUUUUGUUUGAAGAUGUUUGUUUUCAUAAGCCUCCUGCUUCGAGACCGUCUAGCAUGGAGUCAUUUCUGGUAUGUGAAGGCUAUCUUGGAAGUCCAGAUGACCCUGCAUUUCCUCUCUUCCUGGAAAGAGGAUCCUUAAAAGGAUUUAACGGCGAGCAAACAACUGCCACAGAAUCAAGAAUGUCACCAAUCUUAAUUUAUUGA